CACUUUGGGCAACCUAUGUGGUUAAGUGACAUAAUCCGGCAGAAUUGAAGCAACAAUCAACAUAGUGUUACAAUACAACAUGGUGUUUUACUGGGGUAAGUUGCAACUACGACGCAGCGGCAGGCUUCUGUACGAAAAGAAGAAGUUGACGUGUCCAAGAUGGCGGAGCACCGGGCCGGGCGGAAGAAGGGUUGUCAUCACCGGCAUCGGUCUAGUCAGUCCUCUAGGCACGGGGACUAUCCUGCCCUGGAACCGCCUCGUUCUUGGCAACAGCGGCAUUGUCGCUCUGGACUCGGAGGACUACAAAGAUAUCCCCUGCAAAGUCGCAGCCUUGGUGCCCAGAGGACGCGGAGAAGGUCUUUUUGACGAGGGUCUAUUCGCCACACCUGGGGAGAUGAGGAGCAUGACAGGGGCCACCGUGAUGGCCCUUGGAGCUGCUCACCUGGCCCUGCAGGACGCAGCAUGGCACCCCACGACCACGGAGGAGCAACUAGCCAGCGGCGUGGCCGUGGGCAUGGGCAUGGUGUCGCUGGAUGAAAUCGCGUCCGCCUCUGUGGCCCUGCGAGAAAAGGGCUACAAAAAGGUGAGCCCCUUCUUCGUGCCCCGCAUCCUGGUGAACAUGCCCGCCGGGCACAUAAGCAUCAAACACAAACUCAAGGGCCCCAACCACGCCGUGUCCACGGCGUGCACCACGGGCGCGCACGCCAUAGGCGACGCGGCCAGGUUCAUCGCCCACGGUGAUGCGGUCGCCAUGGUUACGGGGGGCACCGAAUCCUGCGUGGGGCCCCUGGCGAUGGCCGGCUUUGCCAGGGCGCGGGCCCUCGCCACCAAAUGGAACCGGGAUCCCAGACUGGCUUCCAGGCCCUUCCAUCCCGAGAGAGAGGGGUUCGUGAUGGGCGAGGGAGCGGCCGUGCUCCUGCUGGAGGAGAGGGGCCACGCGGUGAACAGGGGGGCCCGGAUCUACGCAGAGGUCUUGGGGUAUGGACUGUCGGGGGACGCCAGCCACAUUACCACCCCCACUGCCGACGGAGACGGGGCUUUUAGGUGCAUGUCAGCAGCCAUCAAAGACGCGGGCGUUUCACCCGAGGACGUGACGUACGUGAACGCCCACGCCACCUCCACACCAUUGGGCGACGCCGCCGAAAACGCCGCCAUCAAGAGGCUGUUCGGCCCACACGCGGCACGUCUGGCCGUGUCGUCCACCAAGGGGGCCACGGGACAUCUGCUGGGGGCGGCGGGAGCCCUGGAGGCCGCCUUCACCGCUCUGGCCUGUUACUACGGCGUCCUGCCUCCCACGCUCAACCUGGACCACACCCACCCGGACUUCAACCUCAACUACGUUCCCUGCACGGCACAGACCUGGCAGGCUUCGGGCAGACGUGUCGCGCUCUCUAACUCUUUUGGAUUUGGAGGGACAAACGCCACUCUGUGUCUUGCCAGCGUGUAACCUGGUCCAUCACCCUUGAUCACCCCCCCGGGAGGUGAGGGGAGUAGUGAGCAGCAGCGGU